AGCGUGUACGUUGCAUAUCGGUGUUAAUUUAGAGGAAAAUCCCGUGGUAAAAAUAGCAUAGGUUAUCACGAGGUUUUGUCAUCGAUCACGUGAUUUUCGUAUCAACAAUAACACGGAAAAAUGGCGACUGAACCUGAAAACGAUCCGAGCAUACCUGAGCAUGUAAAAAGGCUUCAAAAUUUGUGCCGUCUCUGUUGCAGGCAGACUGAGUGUAAAAAAAGAGUAGGAAAAUUUAAAUUUACGCAGGAACUAAUGGAUAUAUUUGAUAUCUGUUUGCAUGAAGAUGACCCUUUGAUUCAUCCAGAUUUUUUGUGUAAUGCAUGUAGAAGCAUUCUGUUUAGAUAUAGAUCUACUCGGAAAAAAAGCUCCAAUACCACAGUUAAUAUAAAACUAUACCAGUACCAUGCUCAUUCCAUUGAUUGUCAAAUUUGCAGUUCGAACAAUCCAGGAUGUUCUACUGACAAUGUUAUGGAUGAAUUAUUACAGUUAUUUUCCUCGUUAGAAAUAUCUGAAAAACUUGAAUGUAUAGCUAAAAUGAUUGGACAUGUUCAUACUAAUCAGGAAAUGAAAAAUAUUAUACAAAAUCAUCAAAAGUCUUUUCCCUACAACAAUCUGAAAACACUUGAGAGCAUCGAUAUCAAUGAGUACAUUAAUCAGUUUGAUCAGCUUGUUAUACAAUGUGUUUUGGCACUCACUGGAAAAACAACAACAACAAUUAAAGUAGAAAAUUUCAUUCCGGUACUUGAAAGUAUUUAUCGUUUAUGCGACCCUCAGUUCAUUGGAGCCUGGUCUUUUAUGCAGAACUUAGUUGUUUAUUCCUUUACCAAAAACAAAACGGCUUGUAAUGUUUUGGGAACUGCUAUUCCAGGGGCAAAAUAUGCCACAGUAUAUAAUUUUGUUUCAGAUAUAAAUAUUGGAAGAGAGACCAAUUGUCCAAGUGGGGAUGUAAUAUUCGUUUUUGAUAAUGAACAGGUCAUAGGGAGAAGUUGGAACAUAAAUGCUAAUAAUAAGGUCAAAAUGUCUGUAAUUACAAAUGUUGCUGCAAUAAAGGUAACAGAAAACAAAAACCUUCAACAGAAUGAAAGUUUAACACCAGGAAAGUGGAUAACUUCUGAAGGAAAAGAGAACAUUAUAGAAAGUAUGUGUCAGUCAGGUGAUAGUCAAGAUACAAGUACAGAUUUUUAUUCGGAUAUUAAGCAAAAUCACUACAAUGAACUGUAUCAUGUAUUGGACUUAGCUAUCCAACAAGUGUCAGAGGAAGUUAUAUUUGACGAGGAAAAUAAUCUAUGGAAGGAUCAUGUGGACAAAACUAUUGUUGAAUUAGAGAUAGAACAGAAAUAUAAAAAAUGUCCAAGGUGUGGCUGCUUAUUUGAGAAAAACAAGAGAAAAUGCUCACAGUGUCAUGAGGCGCUGAUAGAAGCAAAGACUACUAAAAGUACUGAUGGUGUCAAACAGAAACACUUUUCAAGAAAAAGCACUGUCAAUGAGUAUGGUAUUUCCAAACCAGUUGUUGAAAAUCCACAGAAAUAUAGCCAUGUUGAAUCUUCACAUAAUGACAUUCCAGCUGAAAUUUGUCUGUUGGAUCCUGUAUUUGUAAAUCCCAAUUCUAUUGACAGCAUCGUAUUAGUUCUACGACAUAUUGGUAAAAAAGGAAGAAUUUCUAAAUAUUUGAAAGACGAUGAUGAAACCCCAAAAAGAUUUUGGACAUUCGUUUGCUGUGACGGGCUUCCGCAUGGAUUGGUACGAAGAGUUGUUGAAGAGUACUUUGUAUGCUUAGAAUGUGAAGAAGGAUUUUUAGGUAUUAAGAAUGUUGAAGAUCAUGAAGUCAAAGCACAUCCUAAUACAAGAUCACGAUAUGUUCAAGAAUUUGAUUGGGUAUUCCUUAUUUGUGGUGAUGGUCAUUAUGAAAUGAACCUUAUGAAGAGCUUUAUGGAAUUGAACUGGAAUGUAUGCAUGAAAUCAUUAGUUGAGGUAAUGGGAUUUAGAUCUGAAAAGGCCCAGAAAUCAGCAUUGGCAUGUUCUGACAACCACAAGACAUGGCAACUCAUCAUGAUAUUUCAUUUAGGUACAAUUUUAGAGUUGGUCAAGCCAUAUGUUGAAAAAUGUCUACAUGAAAAGCAUGAUCCUAGUCCUCAAGACUACAUUUCAUAUGUAAAGACAAAAAGUGACAAUGCGAAUUAUCUGUAUCUAUUUGAAAUGGUAUGUAGGUAUACUCAAGCUAUCAUAAAUAUAAGAAUGGCUGUGAGACGCAACAAUUACAUUCUUCUGCAAGCAGGAAAAUUUAUGAGUAAGGAGCUCUUUCAUGGAAGGAACCAUCCCAAAUACCAAGACAUUGAAGUAUUUGAUCAUUUUGUACAUCAGCUAAUGCCAGUUGAACUAAAAACACAUUUUGCCUCUCACUGUAGUCUAUCCAAAUCAGGGAAUAAGAGCAAAGGUCAAGGGUUUGACUUCAUUCUUGAAGAAGAAAAUAAAUCUGUAAAGACAUGGUUGAAACGAGGUGUUCCAACUGAAAAAGUAUGGUUGUCAACUUGUAGAAAUAAUCAAUCACUGAAACAGAUUAAAAAAUCUGUAACCAGUAUUGUAGGAAGCGUAUAUGAGGACUUGCAUGGAAAAGAACCAGAUUUAGAAGCUCCUAUAAAUGAGUGGAGACUACGCCUUCGACAAACUGGUUAUAUAAGUGACCAAAAACAUGGACCAGUAUUAACAUCAAUUUCAGCUGAUAUUCUAGAUCAAGAACUGUUGUAUUUUACAAGAGAAUCAAAUAGAAAGAGAGGUUAUCGAAUAAUGGAUAUGCUUUUACAUCAGCCACCACCAAAUGAUCCAUCCAUUCACCAUCCUGUCUACAUUCUUCCAUCAGAGAGAGAAAAAUAUUUGUCUGUUGAUUCACUUACAAUUCAAGAGAUUGACAACAAAAUUUUAGAUACAAUUGAUGAUCUUGAUGAAAUUAAUAAGCUCAUGUUCCUUGAUUUAUAUAGGGAAAUGAUAAGAAGUAAAACCACUCGGAAGGAGGAUCAUAUAAAGUUUUUGGAGGAAAUAUCAACUGCUGCUGCUUAUCUUGACAGUGUAGAUGGGGAUAGUAAUUUCUUAAAUGAAGAGUUGGAGAACUUAUAAUGCUAGUGUGAAGGAAUUGAUGACCCUAUUUAUAACCUUGUGAUUGCAGCAGAAAAUCAGGAAAAUUAUUUAGUGUUUGCAGAAGAUGAUGGGUUACAAAAUGAAGGCAAUAUUAUAGAUAUCCACCUAAAUAAUAUAGCUAUGGACACAGUAAAUGACGAAGAUCUAGAUGCACCUUCUCUUCAUGACUUGGCUGUUGAUACUUUAGGAGGAGAAUCUACCAUUAUGCCGAUUUCUAUUGACAUAGUUGAUAGUAAUGAGGUGGACUUAGGAGAUGACGUAAUGCCUGAAGAGUUGAGUCCAGUUAUACCAACACCAUCAACCUUUAUGUUAGAUGCAGUAGAAGAAGUGCCAUCAACCUCAAAAACACCAAGUCCAAGUAAGUACAUAUUUUAAAAAUGAAAAGAAUGUGGUCUGAUUGCCAAUGAGACAACUCUCUGCAAGAGACCAAAUGAUGUACACAGCUAUAGGUCACUUCUACCUUCAACAUGGAGCAAAAGAUUCUUCCACCUAGCACGCUGGAAAGACCCCAAAAUGAUGUGUUCCAAACAAGAAAACCAACAAUUUAUGUUCUAAACAAUAGUGCAAACCAUGACUGAUUACAUAAUUUUUCAGUAUUGAAGCGCUAAACUUUCUUUUAGUUAUGAGUGUUGCAAAUGAACUG